AUGCAUGACCUCAUCAACGAUUUAGCCCAAAUUGCAUCUUCAAAACUAUGUAUCAGGUUGGAAGAGAGCCAAAGAUCUGAUAUGUUGGAAAAAAGCCGGCACUUAUCUUAUUCCAUAGGAAAAGAUGGUGACUUUGAAAAAUUGACACCCCUCUACAAAUUGGAGCAGCUGAGGACAUUGCUUCCAACAUGUAAUGGUCUCUAUAUUAACCCUCUAAGCAAGAGGGUACAGCAUAACAUACUGCCAAGACUAAGAUCCUUGAGGGUACUAUCAUUGUCUCAUUACUGGAUUAAGGAGUUGCCAAAUGACUUGUUUAUCAAAUUAAAGCUCCUCAGAUUUUUGGACCUUUCUGAGACAAUGAUUGAAAAGUUGCCUAAUUCCAUUUGUGUAUUGUAUCACUUAGAGACACUUCUCCUGUCAUCUUGUGCUUAUCUUAAGGAGCUACCGCUGCAGAUGGAGAAGCUGAUUAACUUGCGUCAUCUUGACAUAAGCAACACUGUUCACAUGAAUAUGCCACUACAUCUGAGCAAGUUGAAAAGCCUCCAAUUGUUAGUGGGAUCCAAGUUUCUUGUAGGUGGUCGCAGUGGUUUGAGAAUGGAAGAUUUGGGUGAAGUACAUAACUUGUAUGGAUCUCUAUCAGUUCAAAAUUUGCAAAAUGUGGUUAAUAGAACGGAAGCUGUGAAGGCAAAGAUGAGGGAGAAGAAUCAUGUUGAGAAGUUAUCUUUGAGGUGGAGUGAAAGUAGGAGUGUCGCCAAUUCACAAACUGAAAUAGACAUACUUGAUGAGCUACGCCCACAUAAAAAUGUAAAAGAAGUCAGAAUCAAUGGAUAUAGAGGAACAAAAUUUCCAAAUUGGCUAGCUGAUCCUUUGUUUCUUAAGCUGGUGGAAUUAUCUCUAAGCAACUGCAAGGUCUGUGAUUCCUUGCCAGCACUAGGACAACUCCCUUCUUUGAGAUUCCUUUACAUUGGAAGGAUGCAUGGAAUAACAGAGGUGACAGAAGAAUUCUAUGGCAGUUUGUCCUCCAAAAAGCCUUUUAACUGUCUUGAGAAGCUUGCAUUUGAAGAUAUGCCGGAGUGGAAGCAAUGGCACGCACUAGGAAUUGGAGAGUUUCCUACACUCGAGAAGCUUUCAAUUGCAAAUUGUCCAAAGUUAAUGGGGAAGUUGCCUGAAAAUCUCUGUUCUCUGAAAGAAUUGACCAUUUCAAGAUGUCCAGAACUCAAUUUGGAGACACCCAUCCAACUUUCAAGUUUAAAAUGGUUUGAAGUUGGUGGUUCUCCUAAGGUUGGAGUUCUUUUUGAUGAAGCUCAGCUGUUUACAUCCCAACUUGAGGGAAUGAAGAAGAUUGAGGGAUUAUUUAUUAGUGAUUGUAACUCUCUUACCUCCUUACCUUUUAGCAUUCUUCCCAGUACCUUGAAGAGAAUAACCAUAUCUGAUUGUCAGAGAUUGAAAUUGGAGGAGCCAGUUGGUGAGAUGUUUCUCGGGGAUUUGCAACUGGUAGGAUGUGAUUCUAUAACUGAGUUGGUCUCAAGAGCAUGUUCUUUGGAUGUAAUUCGUUGCCACAACCUUAUUAGGUUUUUAAUUUCUACUGCGACUGAAAGACUCCAUUGCAACAACCUUACAAAGCUGAAGCGGCUGCCACAACUCCCUUCAUCUCUUAAGGAACUGCAUCUGUGGGGUUGUCCAGAAAUAGAGUCCUUUCCUGAAGGAGGAUUGCCUUUCAAUUUACAACUCCUUGUGAUCAAGAAAUGCACAAAACUGGUGAACGGCAGAAAGGAGUGGCGUUUACAGAGACUCCCCUGUCUCACAGAGUUACAGAUCUAUCAUGAUGGGAGUGACGAAGAGAUUCUUGCUGCUGGUGAGAAUUGGGAGUUGCCUUCCUCUAUUCAAACACUUAGAAUAGAGAAUCUGAAAACAUUAAGCAGCCAACAUCUCAAAAGCCUCACCUCUCUUCAAUGUCUAUCUAUUCAUAGUUUACCUCAAAUUCAGUCACUGCUGGAAGAAGGGAUUCACUCCUCUCCUUCUCUUCAAAGUCUAGUAAUAUCCUCCUGCCAUCAACUCCAGUCUGUUGCCCCCCUGCCCUCUUCCCUCUCUAAGCUGAUCAUCUAUGCUUGCCCUAAUCUCAAAUCCUUUCCAUCCCUGCCCUCCUCCCUCUCUGAGCUGUCCAUCAGGGAUUGCUGUAAUCUCAAAUCCUUUCCACCCCUGCCCUCCUCCCUCUCUGAGCUGACCAUCAUUGAUUGCCCUAAUCUCAAAUCCCCUCCAGUAAAUGGGAUUCUCUCUUCCCUCUCUAAACUAUCUAUUUCCAAAUGCCCAUUCCUCAAACCACUCCUAAAAUUUGACAAGGGGAAAUACUGGCCAGAAAUUGCUCAUAUCUCCACCAUACAGAUCGAUGAAGAAUACCUUUAAUCAUUUAAACAAAUGAUUCUGAUAACAAUAUAUAAAAAUUCUGCUGCUUCUCUAUUGGAUAGACAGUUGCUUAAAUGUGGUCUGACAGCAAAGUGUAAGUGAAUAAAGAUAAUUUCGCAGUUUUGUUAUCACUGACUGUAAACAUUAUGUUUGUACUUUGAACUGUUUAUACAUAAAUCUGUGUGAUCAUUACAAAUGAUGUAUCGUUAUGCUAUUAAUGAUGUUUAAUAUUCUUUUCAGACUAUAAAUUAUG